AUGACAGGGUCUUUUUCGGCGCAGACAAUCGCGGCAAAUCGAGAGAAUACGACUUUGGAGCCGGAAGUAGCAAUAUGGUGGAGUCUGACGAUUACCGUUGCAAUCGGUAGAUAUAUACUAAGGGCAACAAGGAAAGGCUUGAGAUUUGACGCUGCGGACUGGUCGAUGCUACUUGCCUUGCUUAUGUUAACUCUCACGCUGUCAUUGCUGAACAUAAGUCGCUAUGGGUUCGACAAUCUUCCAGGAUUCAGUCGAAAUAUUUCACCAGCAUCGCUGGAUUUAGACCCCAAAUCGACAAGGCUUUGGAAAACAUACGGUAUCCUCGCAUGGACUGGAGAAAUCUGCAACGUUACGACACAAUACUUGGUCAAAGGAUGUUUGCUACUUGUCUACCAUUCCCUUACGCGGAAUCGAAAAACAAAUAUCGUCAAUAAGGUCGUAGCAGGAAUCGUGGUAAUUGGUUACUUCUCAAUCAUUAUCCUGCUUCUGGCAGCUUGGUGUCACCCUCUCGAAGCAUACUGGACACCCUCUUUGAUGUCUGAUGGACACCGUGCCUGCUUCACUUUCAUUCCGCAUAAUAUCACCGUCCUAGUUGUCAACACGGUUACGGAUCUCCUUGUCCUUGCGGUACCCAUUCCGAUGAUAUGGAAAGUCAAAGUUUCCCAUCUCCGGAGAUUCUUCAUCAUUGCGAUAUUCGGAAUCGGGAUCUUCAGUAUAGUUGCUUGCAUCUGUGCGCGGUCCGCCUUACUUGUCUGGCAACAUUACAACAAUAACAACCAGUUGCAAAUUAACUUCAACAGAAACUAUGUGGUCUGGAUGGCAAGGGAAGUGAGCUCUGCGGUAAUUGUGGGAAACCUAUACUACUAUGUACCUCUGAUCAAGAUGGUCGAGAACUGGGUGUCAGGGUUACGAAUGAAAAGAGCAUCAUAUCGUCAGGCUGAGAGUCCAGACAUCGAGCAGACUCCAUACUCAGAUAUGGAGGAGGGCGGGUAG